GCUAUACAUUAAGAUUGUUAUACUCCAAAAAAACUAAAGUAGAAGAAGAAGUGUCUUGUUAUCUCGGGUGAAGAUGGCGGCUCCGCCUGACGAGCAGAGUUUAGAGUCCCGCAUUAACAAAGCGACCAACCCUUUAAAUCGAGAAAGUGACUGGGAGAGUAUUCAACUGUUCUGUGACCAACUCGGCAAUGAACCUGAAGGUCCACAGUUGGCCACCAGGCUUCUUGCUCACAAGAUUCAAUCCCCUCAGGAGUGGGAGGCCAUGCAGGCGCUCAUGGUUCUAGAGACCUGUGUGAAGAACUGUGGGAAAAGGUUCCAUAAUGAGGUGGGGAAGUUCCGUUUCCUGAAUGAGCUUAUCAAAGUGGUUUCCCCUAAGUAUCUUGGCUCUCGAGCCCCAGAACCAGUGAAGAAAAAAGUUCUAGAGAUGAUGUACAGCUGGACUGUGAGUUUACCAGAAGAGACAAAGAUUUCUGAUGCUUAUCAGAUGCUUAAGAAACAAGGUAUUAUUAAACAGGACCCAGACCUUCCUGAUGACAAGCCCUGCCCUCCUCCAAUGCCCAGGCCUAAAAAUGCCAUCUUUGAGGAUGAGGAGAAAUCAAAGAUGUUGUCACGUCUUCUGAAUAGCUCACACCCUGAGGACCUGCGGGCGGCAAACAAACUCAUUAAAGAAAUGGUUCAGGAGGAUCAGAAGCGUAUGGAGAAGGUGUCGAAGAGAGUGAAUGCUAUUCAGGAAGUAAAGGAGAGUGUUGGGCUUCUCACACAGUUACUGGGAGAUUACAGCAAAGAGAGCGGCCCACAUAGCAAUGAGGAGCUAAUUAAGGAUCUGUACCAGCGCUGUGAGAAAAUGAGACCUACUCUGUUCAGACUGGCCAGUGAUACUGAGGACAACGAUGAAGCUCUUGCUGAGAUCUUACAGGCGAAUGACAGCUUAACACAGGUGAUAAAUCUGUACAGACUGCUGGUGAAAGGUGAGGAGGUGAAUGGAGACACCAGCAGCACAGCCAGACUCCCAGCCCGCAGUACUGCUCUCUUGGAUCUGACAGGACUGGAUACCUCUCCUUUGGCUCAGUCUUUCUCUGAAGUUCCCUCUCAGACACCUUUUUCACAAGAGCUGGGAAUCAGCCUUUUGGAUGAUGAGCUCAUGUCCCUGGGCUUGACUGAAGUCAAUUCUAAUCUGGCAACUUCUCAGCCUGGAGAUGACAUGACAUGGAAUACUUUUCAGUCAUCAGAGUCUGUGGAUGAAGCUGUUAUGCCGACCCCUGCAGUGCUGUUGCCAGUGGCGAGUGCUACCAAGACACUUGUUACUGUGCCUGUGACAUCCACUAAUUCCCUAGAUGAGUUAGACCUGUUGGGUAAGACACUGAUGCAGCAGUCUCUACCCCCAGAAAGUCUUCAAGUCAAAUGGGACAAACUUCAGUCUCAGUCCAAGCCCACACUACGAGACCUUCAGAUCAAGUCUGGAACCAACACUGCUACAACCCCCAGCCCUGUGUUGUCCUUUUCCUCUGAGGCGGGCACUCUCCUGAAUUCACAGCUCCCAGCAGGCAUCAAUCCAGCUUCUGCCCCUCAAGCUGACAUAUCAUUGGUGAAUGUGACUGUGCCACUGGAGUCUAUCAAACCUAGUAGCUUGUUACCUGUGACAAUCUUCGAUAAACACAGCCUUCGAGUUCUGUUUCAUUUUGCAAGAGACUCUCCACCAUCACGGCCAGAUGUUUUAGUGGUGAUAAUCUCCAUGUUGUCAUCUGCCCCUGUGCCCAUCACAAAUGUUCGAUUCCAGGCAGCUGUUCCUAAGACUAUGAGAGUAAAGCUGCAGCCACCCUUGGGAACAGAUUUACCUGCCUUCAAUCCUUUAUUGCCUCCUGCCGCCAUUACACAGGUCCUGCUUUUAGCCAACCCUCACAAGGAGAAGGUGCGGUUGAGAUACAAACUGACAUUUGAUUUAGGACAAGAAUCACACGAUGAGAGUGGAGAUGUGGAGCAGUUCCCUCCACCAGAGUCCUGGGGAAACCUUUAAAA